ACCCAUUUAAGAACCCUCUUUAGUAUCCAAACUUCUCUUGUUUCUUAACAUGAAUGACUUCUUCUCCAUCUCCUCCUCCUUCUUCUCCUCCAAAGAAGAAGAAGACAUCAAAGUAAUGGCUAAGAGGAAAGCUUUACUUGAAGAGAUGAAUUUUGAUGAUCAUCCAGAGCUCUCUCUUGCUCCUUCUUUUUCUACUUUCACUGACAACACUUACACUUCUUCCACUGAGUCAGAAGCUAACUCUUGUAGGAAGAGAAAGAUGCUUCAUGCUAGCAUUGAACUCCAUCUCAAUCAUCCUCUUCCUUUUGAUUGGGAGCAAUGCUUAGACCUACAAUCAGGGAGAGUGUAUUACAUGAAUAGAGAAACACUAAAGAGGAGUUGGAGCAGGCCAAAGGAAAGAAAGGUAGACUUAGAGUUAAACAUCUCAAGAAACUCAAGCAUGGAGGAGAUGAUUAAGAAGGAGGAGGAAAGCAUAAUAACAACAAGCAGCAUGAUUGCAGUGCCAUGCUUCAACUGUCAUCUUCUUGUCAUGCUUUGCAAGUCUUCUCCUACGUGUCCUAAUUGCAAGUAUGUUUAUCCUCUUCAUGCACUUGAAACUCCUACCAAUCCUUCUCCUCCUCCUCCUGCUCCCAAGUCCUUGGAAACCCUAAGUCUUCUCAACUAGCUUGAAGUUAGAGGAUAUAUUUAAGCUUUGUUUAUAUGUUAUGGAAUAUAUUAUGGUAUAUGUAUUUAAGGUAGUGCAUGCAUGGGAAUUAUUCUAAUGAUCACUAGCUUGCUUAUCUUUGGAGAGGUAAGUGCACAGAGUUUUGCAUGUUUUGUGUGUACUGAAUGAAUGUUUUUUGGACAAUGGAAAAUGGAAAGGUGACAUAGGGAUAGAUCCCAUGCAAUGUAUGACUGCUUAUGAUAAAUU